AUGGAGAAAAGGCACGUCUUUGUCGGCCGUCCUCCUCAGCAGUGUCACUUCAGCGCUGAGCUCACCUGGACGAACGUGGGAGCCUUGCCUCCGUCGGCUGCACAGAGCAACUUCGGAAAUUCGCGGCUGCAAGCCUGGCUUGGCACAAGGGAGGAAAAACGAGAGGCCUUUCGCUGGGGCAGUUGGGUCGACGUGGACUCAGUGAUGCAGAAGGCGCUUGUGCAGGCCGCUGACCAUGGCGACCCCAAGGUCGCCUUCAGCAAUGACAACGUGCCCUACAUCGCUGACUUGGCACGCAUGGUCCUGCUGAACGAGAAGACCGGGCGCAAGAGGAUCUUGCGCUUUGAUCCUGGCGACCAGGCCAACCAGGCCCCGAAGCUGCCCACCCUGGGCCAGACAGGGACAACAUCCUGGCUUUCGGGUUCCAGAUGCCAAGUCUUCGUGGAAGGAAGCGGGUGGAAAGCGAUGUCCAUCGACAACGGUGCCACUCAGACGUCUCUUCAAGGACAGAGGAUCUUUGAUGUGGAGGCGCAUGGAUGCCGCUACCGGCUGAAUCUGGAGGCCUUCGAGUGCACGAACCUGACGUUGGGACGAACAUCCUCUAUGCGCCCAUUGCAGGAUGCCUUCACUUCUCCGCCUGCUGUGCAGCUCUCGAGCUACUUCUCCAUGCUGGCAGGCUCCGAGAAGGCCGAGCUCCUCGCAGAGGAGGCUGCAACUUCCCAGUGGCUGGCUGUGGCGUUGACGACGACCACGGAGACAGAAGAGGGUCGGGACCUGAUCUUGGCCGGGGCCGGUCAGCUCUUCUCCAGCCUAGCGGUUGCCAGGCCGGGCCUCGUCACACGGGAAGAGUGGAUGCACUUCUGGCUGAUGCGGGAAAGUGCUCCCAGCCACUACGCGCUGGCCAUCCUUCAGGGCCGGCUUGCCAAGCUAGCCAGGAGGUGUCCGGAGGCACAGGUGGUGGGCACCGUGCUGAACCUAUUCCGGGAAGCUGAUUCUGACACCGACGGGGAGAUUUCCCAGGCGAAGAUGUCUCAGUGUUGUUCGAAGUUCAGCCAGAAGAGCUGGGAGGCCCUGGGCUUGCCGGGAGCCGCGGCCUGGUUGAGAUCGGCACCAAAGCGACCCGAGGCGGCUACGUUGAACUACUUCGAGUUCGUCAGCGAGCUGGUCGGACGUCAGCGGCAUGACGUGUGGCUGUACCAGUACAGCAUCCCAGCAGGGCUGGCUGCCGAAGUCGAACCGGCGCAGGCCGCGCUGCUCAAGUCUCUAGGUGGCUUUUGGCACACGUCCAUCGUCGUCUUCGGCCGGGAGUACUGGUAUGGGAGGCAGUGCUUCGAAAGCAAGCUUCAACUUAGCCACUUCGGAGAGCCGACAAAGAGAACCUACCUCGGAGCAGGGGCCUUGUACUCUUGGGCUUUCUUUGUGGAGUCCCACACGAUCCUGCCUUGUGCGGUGGUGUUGGGGCUUCGUGCCACUGGGCAACCUGUGGUGGAGUAUCGACACGUGUCCGGUUUUGGCUUGCAGUGCUGCAGAAGGACAACAUGUCUUUUGCUUGCUCAACUAAAAUCUUCUGCAAGCCUCACCAUGCUUUCAGUAGCUGUUGCCGCCCGGUGGCGGCGGCCAAGUCUCAGCUGA